AUGUCUUUAAACGGCAAUUCUAAUGGUAAUGAUAUUUGUGUGUCGGGAAUGUCGGGUCGGUUCCCCCUCUCAGAUACUACGGAUGAGUUCGCAAAGAAUCUGUUCUCAGGCGUGGAUAUGGUUACCGAUGAUGACAGUCGAUGGCCAUUAGGAAUGUUUGAUAUGUCUAAUCGUAUGGGAAAGAUUCAGAAUUACCAGAGCUUUGACAACGGAUUCUUUGGGCUUCCGAAUGAUAUGUUGGAAGAGCUCGACCCGCAGUCCCGGUUGCUUCUGGAGGUGUCAUAUGAAUCGAUGUUGGACUCAGGUGUUAACCCGCAAUCUCUACGUGGUUCAAACACCGGGGUCUAUGUGGGCCUUACCAUCUAUAAAAAUUGCGACGGAUUUCCUGAUGACGUGCACCCGGAUGUGGACGGAUCGUUGCAAACGACAAUUUUUCAAACAUUGUUUGAAGCAAAAAAUCUCUACGCGAGCCGUAUAUCGUUUGUUAACGACUUAAAAGGACCGACUUUUAUGGUGGACACCGCCUGUUCAUCCAGUCUGUCCGCAAUGACACUGGCCUAUAAUGACCUGUUGUUGGACAAUACGGAUGCGGCGAUAGUGUGCGGCACUCAUAUGGUGUUCGAGCCGUUCAUCAAUCAGUUCCAGCAGGAGUUGGGAUUGUGUUCGCCGAGAGGUGUAUCCGCAGUGUUUGACGAGUCGGCCGACGGUUACGUCAAGUCAGAGGCCGUGUGCUGUCUGUUCUUACAGCGCCGUCGGAAGGCCCGACGUGUGUACGCACAGGUGGUGUCCGCGCGAGUGAAUGUUGACGGGUAUAAAAAGAUGGGAAUGUUUUUUCCGUCCGCCGAAUCUCAGGCAGAACUCAUGCGAAAGACCUGUAAGGCUGCGAAGGUUGACCCGACACAAGUGACUUAUGUUGAAACACACGGAACAGGUACUAAGGUGGGUGACCCGCAAGAGGUUAAGGCGAUAUACAACGCGUACUGUGAGGGCCGGACUGAGCCCUUGCCGUUGGGGGCGUUGAAGAGCAAUAUGGGUCAUCCGGAGGGCAGCUCUGGGGUCUCAGCACUAGUGAAAGUGCUGAUUGCAUACGAGAAUGAAUGUUUAGCGGCGGUGAACAACUUUGGUAUCGGCGGUGCGAACGCACACGUAUUGCUCGAACCGAACCAUAAGUUGGGAACGAGUGAUGGCUUUCUAAUCGCGGAAACGAUUCCCAGAAUUGUUAACAUUUGCGGCCGAACUGAAGAUGCGGUCAAAUAUGUGAUGGAUUUCAUACAAAACAACCCAAAGGGAGUGACGAAUGACUUUUUGGCACUUUUGGCACAGACUAUGAAAUACACGCCUAAUGUUAACUCAUCGGGAAUGCCGUUUAGGGGUUCACUGAUAUUAAAGAAAGUGUCGGAAGAAAACAAUGAAAUAAACUACGAAUACAAGAGACAAAUGGGAGUAAUGAAAGGCAAGAGCGCUCGACCCCUAUGGCUACUGUUCCCGGGUUUGGGCGGUCAGUGGCCGGCAAUGGCUGCAGCUUUGAUGCCAAUCAAGAUAUUUGCCGAUAAAGUGGAAGAAUGCCAUCAAAUACUACACGAAUUCGGUGUCGAUUUGAAACACAUGUUGUUAUCAGAAGACAAGACAUCGAUGUCUACAAUGACUGCAAAGUUCUGUUCGACGACUGCUAUAGAGAUAGCAUUGUUUGAAGUGAUGAAAGCGCUGGACAUCACACCCGACGACAAACUCAAAGAUCUGCCCACAGAUGCUAUUAUACUAGAGUUGGGUCCGCACUCUAUAUUCCCUAAAGUGGUGUCCGAAACGCUGGACAACUCGACGUACGUAUCAUUAAUCAAGAGAAACGCAAACGACACUAAUUUGGAAACAUUUAUGGCUGGAUUGGCCACUCUAUACGAGUCGGGAGUCAAUCUGUCCAUUGAAAAGCUAUACCCAGUGGUUGAGUGGCCGGUCGCCCGAAACACACAGUCCAUCAGUUCGCUCAUGCGUUGGGAUCACAGCCGGAAGUUUGAGCACCGACUCUAUCCGCAAAAGUACUGUCGACUCACAGCCGGUGAUUACAAUUUCACUGUCGACGCGUCAAUGCAUCAAUCUCACGCAUUCUACCUUGAUCACGCCGUCGAUGGCAACGUUCUCUUCCCGGCCACCGGCUAUUUAAUGCUCGCGUGGCGUAAACUGGCUGUCAGUAGGGGUAAGGCGUGGUAUCAGUUGCCCGUUAUUUUUGAGAACGUUCAGCUCAAACGCGCCGUCUUUUUGAAUGAUGUCAACAAAACUAACCUCAGAGUCAAAUAUUUUCCAAACACUGACGAGUUCUGUGUGUUAGAGAACGAUAACGUGUGUGUUGUGGGCAAAGUGCGGACUCCGGACGACGAGGUCUUACUCACGCCUAACGCUAUACUCGAGAGACAGAAACUGAUGGCCAGUACU